CAUUCGUACAAAUCAUAUUUAUUAUCCUACAACACCACCUACGAAUGUUAAUACUAUAAGAUAUUAUGCAUCCAAUCUCUCAAGUCGAACACAUGAGGAAUGGAAGGAAAGGCUCAAGAAAAUCUGUGAUGCAAAAUCCGAAAAAGAACGAAGUGAAUUAAUUACUAAUUACGGUAUUAUAUUAAGAUUAUUAGCAAUAUUAAAUAAGGAUGUUAA